AUGGAAACAUGUCAAAGCGAAUUCUACUACAUUGUGAAACAUAACUACACACCAAGAAUAUUCUCACCUAAAGACUACAUCUGUCCUCGAGGAUUCAGAGGUCCACCAAGCGACGUACCAAACUCAGAGUAUUCCGAAAAGGCUCUAGGUGAUUCUGAGCGCUAUCCAGAUCUUGAAGACAUGGACUAUCCUUCCGACGAAGCAGACACUGGUGAAGAACCUGAGGUUGAGAUCCGUCCUGCAACCAAGAAUCUCAACAAAAGUAGCGACACUUCCAUGGGGGACAACGAGAAGACUGGCAACAUCAGCGCAGCUAUCCAUUGCCCACCCCGGAAUGAAACCAUCUAUCUUCAAGUUCUGCUCAGUGGAGAGACUCGUAUCAUCCGAAAGCCUGGUAUCCUGCCUAUGGUUUGCUAUGUCGACGCGAGUACCAGCACUUCGGGACGCGAGACUGAGACCAAAACUGAAACUCCUACCGAGCAUGCUACCUCAAAGGAUGUUGGUAGAGUAGGGCUUGGACUCGAUGAAUUGAUGUUAUCCUUGAGAUUCGCAGGCAAGUCCUCUACAUAA